AUGGACCCCAUCGACGUCGAAGAGCUCCGCGUAGAGGCCGUCGUCGUCGACUACUACAUGAGUAAACCGCUGCCCAGAGACGCGAUCCACCAUCUCCCCUCCUCACCGUGCUAUUCUCGUGCCCGUGAGGUCCCAGUCGUGCGGAUCUUUGGUGCUACACCCGCUGGUCAAAAAGCUCUUGUACACGUUCAUGGGAUCUUCCCGUACUUUUACUUUCGAGCAGAAGACGACCCAGACUUUGAAGACCAAGAGCGUCUGCGCGCGCUGCUACCUCGACUGGCAAAGGAUAUCGAGAUGCUGAUUGUGCAAGGAACGCCGUUCUACGGGUACCAUCCGAGUCCAAAACUAUUCGUGCAAAUCUUCUUGUAUAACCCACGAGUGCUGGCAGCAGUGGUGCAGCUGCUUGAAGGCGGAAAUGUCUGUGGAAGGCGGUUCCAGCCGUACGAGGCGCACGUUUUUGCUGAUUACAAUAUUGAAGGGCUGAAUUAUGUGGCAUUUAGCAACGUCAAGUUUCGAUUUCCAGUGCCUGUCACGCAGGAUCAUCUCGCAAAAAGUGCAGAAGAUUGCCACGUUAUUUCUCUCUCGAACGUUUCAGCAGAUAGAAUAAAUGGCUUCGAUAGAAGCGCACCAUCUCUUGUUGGACGAUAUGUCCCGGUGCUUCACGCACCAGAACGAUGGUCGGAUCGACAGUCCAGCUGUGCGCUAGAAGCCGAUGUCGCCGCUGUGUGCAUUCUGAAUCCAAAGCGAUUUGAGUCCCAGCAGAAAGCAGCGGAGAGCACGGGUGAGCUACGCAAUGUGCCGUCGCUGGCAGCCAUUUGGGAGGAGGAGAGAUUACGGCGCACGUUGGAUGGAGAAAGGGCAACACCAACAAUGCCCUUGAGUUUACCUCGCAACGCUGACUCGUUUUCGUCUAGAGGUCUAACGCUGAGCGCCUCGCCGGCACAAUCGGCAUCGUCGCUGUUAUCACAGUCUAUUUUCAGAAAAAAGCUCAAAGAUUCUGUCGAUGAAGUGAUGGAAAAAUUAAAGGAGCAAGACGAAGGACAAUGGACAAACAGCAAAAUCCCUGAUCUUCACCCUCAUCACCUGUCUGCUAGCGACGUGGCAUUAUGCGGUAAUUCGAUAGCCGUGGAGAGCGAAUACUCUCACAGCCAAGCUGAUCAUGAAGACAAUAACAAGCACAGUUCCGAGCAGUCAGUUGAAGAAGAUGAAGCCAUUGUGAAUAUUCUUAUAGCGAUGCAGCAAGAAAGCGACCUGGGUCAUGUAGACAACAACCCGGACGAAGGCAAUGAGAACGACAGAUACGUGACGCUCAACGAAAGCGAUGAAGAAGCCGAGACCAGCAAGUGGGGCACUCGAAACGAUGAAAUUGGCGAUAUCAUGGCUUCACAGCGCCACGUUGAAGCUCGUAUCACAUGCCAGUCACCUGGUUUUUCAAAAGAGAAAGUUUGGUGGGACGUCGCAGAGCGUGAACCUCGGCCCACUGCAACUCCACUCAGUGAACUUGGUAGUCCUCGUGUUAUCCUCCGUGCCCCACAGCAGCGUUCGACUGAAGUUGCCGUCGGAUUUGAUUCCAGCCAAGAGGAUGUAUCUCGUGUUGUCGAUCUCGAAGAUUUACUCUCCCCGCGACCGCUAGAAUCGACAUCAAUACAUCUGCAGGAAGAGAGGUCGGACCCGGUCGACUAUGGCCGACUGGCGCAAAUGCCGCAGUCGCGGCCACUGCAGGUGACCUCGAGAGGUCAAGGACUAUCAGCAGCAAUGAUGGACAGCAAGCGCUUGUGGCUCUUCAGUCCUGAGCCUCCUUCCUUCUCACAGAUUCUGUCGUCUUCGCAUGACCUUGGAGUGGAUCUAGUACAGUACAAGCCCGCGUUUUACAGUAAUGCUGCAGAUAUCCCGAAGAAAGCCAUGAUCUUCGGUGGGAAGAAAUUUGACUUUACACCGCACAAAACGAGCAAUCUGUCGGUAUUUGAUACCAGCGCGACACGUCAGAUGCUGCAUCCACUUUGCAGCAGCGACAGCAGCGAGAGUGGACGAAACGCGCCUUGGCGUAACCUUUCUCAUCUGAAGACCCCCAAUGACAUUCCUGAAAGAAGCGGAAAGGUGCGUCGUUUGCGGAUGGCAGCAUCGUUGCCACCAGACGCUACUGCUAUCAAGGAAUGGGUUUCGAAUCGUGCUAAAAGCCGCAGCAUUCUUGCAAAGACACGACAAAAACGUGCUCACCCUGCCGUGGUGUGUUCGGCAUCGCCGUCGGGUAGACUGAGCACACCAGCGGUUCUGUCAAAUAUUACGAUACUAUCCAUCGAAGUGUUCGCAGCAUCGCGAGGCAACAUGCUGCCAAAUCCUCUCCACGACCCGGUCAAUGCAAUCUGUUAUGCAGUGGAAGCCCAAGAAGGACCGACAGAUUAUACGACAAAUGAGCGCGGAUUCCUCAUGAUAAAAAUGGACGACAUGGAUUCACCAACACUCGAAGGCGUGGGCAUUUGUGUUGACAGUGGUGAUAUGUCGGUGACAUUUGCCGCAGACGAGCAAGAUCUACUCCAAUCACUAGAGGCGCUAAUAAGACGGUGGGAUCCAGAUUUUUUGGUAGGAUUCGAGGUGCAAAAGGCUUCGAUUGGGUAUCUCAUCGACCGGGCUUCACAGAUGGAUAUCAAUUUGAUCCAGUCGCUAUCUCGCCUCCCGUCAUCACCAGUGGAUCCUCGUAACGCAAAGAUGAAGGCUCAGGACCAAGAAAAAAGCAGCCAAAAUGAAGAGUCGGCUGAUACAAGUUGGGGUGUCAACAAGGCAGCUGGGCCAUGGAUACACGGCAGGUAUAUUCUGAAUCUUUGGCGAAUGACUCGCUCAGAGCUGAAGCUGUCGCGCUAUGCUUUUGAAGAUGUCGUAGAGGCCGUAUUACGUCGGACUUAUCCAGUAUACACAGCUAAGCGGUUGACGUCGUGGUUCCGUGAAUGUGAUAAAAUGCGGUGGAAGGUGAUCAAGUAUUUUCUUGAUCGAGCUACGCUGAAUCUCCGUAUUCUUUCCAAAAUGCAGCUAGUCACGAGAACAGGCGAGAUGGCCCGACUUUUUGGGAUUGACUUUUACUCGGUUUUAUCGCGAGGAUCACAGUACCGAGUCGAGGCUGUCAUGUUGCGCGUGACAAAGCGGAAGAAUUUUCUGUUGGUGUCGCCAAGCAGAAACCAAGUGUCUGGCCAGGCCCCGAUGGAGUGCAUUCCACUAGUGAUGGAACCGCAUUCGAGCUUUUACACAGACCCCGUUGUGGUCCUUGAUUUUCAGUCUCUCUAUCCAUCGCUUGUCAUUGGGUAUAACCUGUGCUAUUCAACUUUGCUAGGGCGUCUAAAGAGUGGACAGCAUCCCGAGUUGGAGACUUCGCUCGGGGUCGUUGAUUUCACCCCAAACUCCUCCGGGCUGUUGCAAUGCAAAGAUGACGUCAUUAUUGCACCGAAUGGAACGUUGUUCUGUCCCAAGAGCUAUCGCCAAGGAGUCCUUCCGCUCAUCUUGGACGAAAUCUUGUCAACCCGGAUCAUGGUCAAGCAGUCAAUGAAAUCGGCAAAGGAAUCAAAUCAGGAUCGACUAGAAAAGGUGUUAAAUGCUCGUCAGCUAGCACUGAAAAUGAUUUCGAAUGUGACGUACGGCUACACAGCGGCUGGUUUCUCGGGACGUAUGCCAUGUGCUCAACUAGCCGAUGCCAUUGUUCAGACUGGACGAUGCACGCUCGAAGCUGCUGUUCGACAGAUAGAAGAGCAGUCCGAUUGGAAUGCAAAGGUCGUGUACGGCGACACAGAUAGUGUUUUCGUGCUACUUAAAGGCAGGUCAAAGGCAGACGCAUUUCGGAUUGGACAGGAAAUCGCUGAUGCGGUAACCGCAUCGAAUCCCAGGCAUGCCAACCUUAUAUUUCCAUUCGCGACGUUUAUCGUCCCAUGA